UAAGUAAGUUGGACUAUUUUUCAACUUUGUCUCUGCUAGUGAGUAGGUUUUUAUUCAAGAGUGAUUUUGCGGUUUCUUCAAUUAAACCUAUAACAUAAUAAUUAACUGAUAUAAACCUGUCUGUUUGUUUAUAAUGUUAAUAUGCGUAUUCGCUGUAAUAUUUUUAUUAAGUGACGUAGCGCCUCCAUACACAGCUGCCGGUGAAAAUAUCAGACCGAAGAGAAUGAUCGGUGGGCGGGAUACCACAAUCGAAGAGCACCCCUACCAAGUGGCAGUUGAAUACGACAAUUACGAAUACAAAUGCAGCGGUGCUAUACUCUCGAAAUACUACGUGCUAACGGCUGCUCACUGCAUAAACGUUACGGCCAAUGAGACGAAAAUUCGUUCUGGAUCCUCCCUGAGAAGUGAGGGUGGCAUCUUGCACGAUGUGACCGACGUGAAGGUGCACAAGUUGUAUAGCUUAAACAAAUAUUCCAACUCGGACUACGACAUCGGUGUAGUUCGUGUGGAUCCACCGUUUAGUUACGAUGAGACUCGCCAGCCUAUUCCGCUGUAUGAGGAUGCCGUGUCCAGCAACUUCACGACCGAUGAAAAACUCGUCAUUUCUGGGUGGGGUUCUAUGGACCAUGACGAAAAUCUGUCGGACCAAUUGCAGACGAUGGACGUUCCUUGGAUCAGUAAAAAAUUGUGCAACGAAUCUUACGCAAAGUUCGAUGGUAUACGCGAUGGUCAGAUAUGUACGGGGUACUUGGGAGAACGAGACAAGGAUAUAUGUAGUGGAGAUUCUGGAGCCCCGUUGAUUUUUCAAGGUAAAGUUAUUGGCGUCGCUGCUUACACCGAGGGGAGAUGCGGACGUCUCGACUAUCCGGCGGUUUACACGGAAGUGGCCUACUUUCUCGAUUGGAUAAAGGAACACGUGGAGUUCGACGACUGACAAAGUCCAGCUGGCGUCCAUUAUGUCACUCAAAUCCUUUAGGGUGACUGUGGACUGUAUUACUGGGACUGAAUGUUGUGUUGAAGAAUUUUCACAAACAGCAUGGUCACAUAUGUAUUUGCGAAUACGUUUAAAAUAGAAAUCCAAAACAAUGUAUGGAAAUAAUGUUCUACGACUAGUAAAUAGUUCUAUCUACGAUAGAGUAUUCCUUCCCAGUCCAGAAUUUUGUAUAAUUUCUGCAUUUAAUUUUGUUUCAAACCAAGUCUUUUGUAAGUAUAAUUUACGCUCUCACUAAAGGACGUUAAGAAAGAUCUAUUUUACCGCAACAGUUGUUUCCAAAUAAAAAUUUGCUGACUUCUCA